AUGGUUCGCAUCGCCCCCUUCGCCGUCGAGCAGUACAUGGGCAAGUACGAAAACACCCCAGGCGUCAUCAAUAUUGCCGAAUCCUGCGCCGACUCUGUCUCAAUUGAUGACCUCGUCCGCCUCUCCAAGGACCCUCAGCGCAGUCCCAUUAACACAGGGCUGAAACUCACAUACGGCCCUGUGCCCGGUUCCCAGGAGCUUCGCGAGCUUGUCGCAGCCCACUGCAGCUAUGAAGCAACGCAGUUGUCGGCAGACGAUGUCAUCAUCUCCCAGGGAGCCAUCGGUGCUAACUUUCUGGCUCUCUACACGCUCGUCCACCCGGGUGACCAUGUAAUCUGCAUGUACCCAACGUAUCAGCAGCUUUACGAUGUCCCUCGAGCAGUUGGCGCUGAGGUGUCCUUCUGGAAGUUGUGUGCGGAAGAAGGCUUCGCGUAUAACAUCCAGGACCUCAAGUCAUUGAUCAGGAGUAACACCAAGAUGAUCAUUAUUAAUAACCCAAAUAGCCCGACCGGAAUUUUCAUUCCUACCGACGAUCUUGAAGAGAUUGCCACACUUGCCAAAGAGAAGAAUAUUAUUCUUUUCUCGGAUGAAGUCUACCGCCCAUUAUUCCACGGCGGGACGUCGGGACAGAUCGACAUACCUGUGCCAGCAACGACUCUUGGCUAUGAAAGGGCCGUUGUAACUGGUUCCAUGUCUAAAGGCUUCGCUCUAGCAGGCAUUCGCGUUGGGUGGAUUGCCAGCAGAGACAAGAACAUCAUGGAAGCCAUCGCGUCGGCGCGUGAUUACACAACCAUCAGCGUCUCGCAGCUGGAUGACCAAGUCGCAAGCUUCGCCUUGUCUCCCGCAACGCGGCUCCCUCUUGUCGACCGCAACAUCUCGCUGGCACGAAAAAACAUCAAAAUCCUGAAGGAUUUCGUGCAACAGCACAAGAGUGUAUGCCAUUGGGUCGAGCCCAAGGCGGGUACGACGGCAUUUGUCCACUUUAGCAAAAACGGCGAACCCGUGGAUGACUUCAAGUUCUGCCAGGACGUUCUAAACAAGACGCAGGUUUAUUUCUGCCCCGGGUCAUACUGCUUCGGAGGGAACAAGGACUUCAAGGGCUAUGUCAGGAUUGGCUAUGUUGGUGACACGGAUGUCCUUGUCGAGGGGUUAAAGAGGCUGGGAGCUUAUGUUCAAGAAAACCUUUGA